AUGGCGAAUGUAGCGGAGAGAGGAGUCGAGGAGGCAGGCCCAGCAGAGGCCUCGUGGCACGAGAGGUGGCAGUCAAUCCCGUCCGAGGGCGCCCAGCGUGCCACGGCCUGCCGUGGGAUCGUGUCGAGAGUGGUGCCUUGCAUGAGGAGCGAGGCACAACAGCACGAGGAUGUUGUCGAGCCGCCGGCAGACAAGAACCAGCACAAGGAGUAUCGGCGCCAAGGGCAGGCGCGCAUGUUAGAGCUAGGAGCUAUGGCGCUUGCAGCGCGUCAUGCUGGAGAACAGUCGCAGGCGAGCAGUUGCGAGUUUCGGAUCAGCGUUAUCAAAGCAGCCCUUGGUCAGGCGCUGCCGACGGGGAAGCAGGUCGCAGAAUGUCGCAGCAGGCGGGGCGGCAUCGCUCAGAAGCUUGCCAACACUCGUGCCAGGAUCGAGCAGCUCAGCGAGCAGGAGGCCGAUUGUGUUUCGGAAUUAAGCAGAAUGCACGAGCUCAUUGGCGAACUCGAGGAGGUCUUCCAGGAGGAGAUGGGGGGCGUGACCAUGGCGGGCCCGACGGCGUGCGGCGCGGCCGCGCAAUCUGGUGGAGCGCCUGUGCGGCAGCAGCCUGGCAUGGCGCGCGCAGAGGGCCCGCUGGCUGGCAUCCCGCCGCCGCCGCCGUCAUUCCCCAGCGGUGGUGGGUUCCCCUCGCAGCAGAGGCCACCGCCGCAGGUUCCGCAGUCAGCAUCCGUCGAGCGCCUGGCCCAGAUGAUGGAAGGUAUGAUGUAUGCGAUGAAGUUGCAGGGAGAGCAGGUCAGCUGCCUGAUGGCGAUGCAGGGCCUGCAGCCUGGAGUGCUGCCCCCGCCUCCGACACCACCGCAGCAGAUGCCUUUCGAUGCGCAUGCCGAGGCGAUGCCGCCCACUCCCGCGGCACCCGCGCCCGUCGGGGGCAGGGCAACUCCAGUGCAGGCUGGCGGGCGUGGGUCAAGGUCGUGCUCGCCCAUCCCGACGGAGCAGAUGACGCCUGCGACGCCCCCUGCCAAGCAUGCGCCAUCGACGCCUGUCAGCACAGCCGUGCCGUGCGACGACUUGGAGGAUGUCUCGCCCCAGCCGAUCGACCCCGCGCUGCUGGCCGAGACCCGGGGCGUGCAGGAGCCAGAGGAGUUGAUGCCAGGUCCCACCGAGUCAGUCGACGCGCAGGCGCAUGGUGCGGCUCAGGUGGAGCCCAGCCCCUGCGGCGAGUCGCAGCCGCGGAAGGAUGACGCGUACUCGACGGACCUGCUGACGCACCUGCUGCCGCCGAGUGCGCCCAAGCUGAUCUCUAAUUAUAGGGAGAUCCUGCCAGCGGGCCCGCGUGAAACGGACGGCGCGGCCAGGCUGGAGCUGGCAGCGCCUGGCUCGCCCACGCGCGCCGAGACCUGCGCCGACUCGGGCCCAUGCGGAAGUGGCGGCGCCGCCAGGCCAAUGCAGUUUGUGGACCGUAUGAUCUCGGGCUCCAUGAUCUUCGGGUUCCUCGCGCCGCAGGGAGCGGCCAUGGCCGAUCUCUUCGCCAAGACGCCCGAGAAACUCGCAGUGGCCGCUGCCACCGCUGGGAUGUUCUUCGGCGUCGGCACCACCGUGGGGCCCUUCAUCGGCUCGAAGCUGGGCGGCGCCAAGUCGUUCUUGGCCUCUAGCAUCGCCUUCCUCGUCACCGCUGCGUGGGUGCAGUUCGGGCUGAGCGAGACCCUCUCCACGGAUAGCAGGAAAGAGUUCAAGCUUUCGUCCGUGAACCCGCUGGCCUUCAUGGCCCUUCUCAAGGAUAAAACCCUGGCGAUGUUAGCAGGAGUCGCUAUGCUCCAGUCGUUCGGCGAUUAUGUUAACGUCUACGACAUCAACAACCUUUAUAUGAUCAAAGUCUUGGGCUACGAUCCCCCGCAGAUAGGGAACUUUGCCAUGAGUGUGGGGCUGUCGCAGAUUGCUGGCGGCUGGGCCACCGGCAAGCUUGUGAAGGGGAUCGGCUUGAAGUCCCACGUGUUAUUCGCAAAUCUCGCUUGGGCACUUGGGUGUGUGGUCCUGGGGACAGCUCGCAGCACACCUAAAUUAUUUGCCGCGUUAGCGAUUUGGACUUUCGGCCACCAGCGUAACAACACCGUAAAUGUUAAUAUGCAGACGGUUGGUAAUGCAGCGGGCAUGGGACGCGGCGAGAUCAUCGCAGCGUCGGGCAACCUUCUAGCGUACGUGAAGAUCAUGCUGGUCGGCGGAUGCCGCUCUUCUACAGCAACGUCUUUGCCUGGGCUACGUCGAACGGGCGGAACAUGCCUGGCCUCCCGUAUUUCAUCAUUGCCGCGCUCACGGCUGCUGCUCAGGCAGGCUACGCCAUCGCGGACCCGAAGGUGUGAGGUGCACCGUGCAUGCUGCCCCUGGCCCCUGCCCUACUGUCAAAACUGGCAAGUGAUGGUGAGCCGCUGAAGCAAGGCACCCCUGCAUGCCUCGAUGAUGGGAUUCCCCUGCGCGCUUUCUGCUCCUUCGGUUCAAAGUCAUCCUGGCUUCGUGGCGCGCUCCAGGCGCCCGGCCUCCCUAAACUCUGUCCGUGUGGCUGGUUUUGACUGUAGGUCCCGUCGAGGAAACAACUAGACAAAGCAUACACUUUCGCUCAUGCCCGUGUCGGCUCUUGUUCUUCUAAUAGCUCCUGCCCGAUAUGUUGCGGCAAUUGUUUGAACUUCGUCGUCCUAGUCUGUUUCUUUAUUGGGGGGCGUCCACGAUAGGGGUGAUGACUACACAGUAAGGGUGUUCUUUUUUGCUAGGUGGACUCUUCAUUGGGCGGAUUCGUCUGCGUCAGUCGUGGUCGAGGUUUCGGCGCGGCUCGCUCUGGCUGCCCUGCCGGGCGGCAGCUGCUGUUCAAUCUGCGCAACAGCGGAGUUCGUGCGCUCGGGAAGGAUACAGCUGCAGCGUUCACCUUGGGUUGCUGGAGCACUCGUGCUCGGUAGAACUGCAGUGCUAGAGCGAAUGCCGUUGGCUGCUGGACCACUCGCGCUUCGUAAAACGAUGCAGUCAGUGCUGGCUCGCACGCCGUGGGCUGCUGGACAGCUCGUGCACAGUAAAGUGCAGUGCUGCAGCGCGCGCCGUGAACUGCUGGAACGCUCGCUCUCGGUAAACAUGCAAGGCUGGAGCGCUCCC